AUGGAGGCAGUUUCGUCCCUCAGCCUGAAACGACGAUAUGAAGAGGUGGACAAUGGCUCUCUCUUUUCUACACCUAAAGACUCUGACGAUGACAUCUCCAGUAGCGACAGUGCCGACAGCUGCGACAGCCUCAACCCUCCCUCCAGGACAGAAUUCACCCCCACGUCUAUCCUCAGACAGCACAAGCUGUCGCCACGAGGCAAGCGGGUGCGUUUCGAUGCGGUGACAGUUUAUUACUUCCCACGGAGGCAGGGUUUUACCAGCGUGCCCAGCCAAGGGGGCAGUUCGCUGGGCAUGGCCCACAACCACUCGUCUAUCCGUCAUUACACGCUGGGCGAGUUUGCUCGGGAGCAAGAGAGCAGUCACCGACACACCUUACGCCAGCACCUGCGGCAGGAGAAGCUCAAUGCACGCAAGCUGACGCUGACCCGGAACGGCACGUUAGAGUGUGCCCAAGCAGAACUGCUGACUCUGGACGAUGUGUCGGACGAGGACCUCGACGUGGACGCCGUGGAGGUGGAUGACUGCUUUUUCCUUCAGCCGCUACCCACCAAGCGUCGCAGAGCUCUCCUGCGAGCUUCCGGCAUCGCUCGCAUCGACGCCCGGGAGAAAGCAGAGCUUCGAGCCAUCCGCUUGUCUCGGGAGGAAUGUGGCUGCGACUGUCGUCUGUACUGCGACCCUCGACACUGUGGCUGCAGUCAGGCUGGCAUCAAAUGCCAGGUGGACAGAAUGUCCUUCCCGUGUGGUUGCUCCAGAGAUGGUUGCGGCAACUUAGCGGGCCGUGUCGAGUUUAACCCUCUGCGUGUCCGGACGCACUACCUGCACACCAUCAUGAAGCUGGACCUGGAGAAGAGGAGGGUGCUGCUACAAGUGCCGGGGCAGACUUACACCGAGUCAGAUCACGUGUCGUCCCCGUUCUCUACGUGUUCCUCGUCUCCGGGCCUGGAAGAGAGUGAGGUGCGUGCGUGCGUCUUGGAGGCAGAGGACGACAUCCUUGAGAGGGAAAACGAGACGGCCGUGUUGCACCUACAAAGCGCCGAGGAACAGGAGAGGAGGGCGGAGGAGCCACAGGUGGAGGAGGUUCUCCUGCAGGGGCCUUUCCCAACCGGAACCGCUGUGCUCUGCAUUAACCAAGAAGAGGAAAGUCCAGCUGAUCUUCUCAGAGACUCCGCCCCUCUUCACUACUACCAACUCAGCUCCGCCCUGGAGCUGGCGGAGGAGGAAACUCAAGAAGCCACUGGAGGUGACGAGUGUUCAAGCAACUGUCUCCAAAGUGACCAAUCUAAGCUCCACAAAGAAGGUCGAGAAGAAAACAUGGACGCAGCGGCGUUGACGGACCCGCUUCCGUCUGACGUUUAG